AUGAAUGUAUCUCAUGCCGUAAAUGAAUUGUUUUUCAGCCAUGCUGAGUUGUUCGACGGCGGGCUGGGGCGCUUCACGGGCGGGCGGGCUCGGCAGGCGGUGAGCGCGGGCGCGGCCCCGGUGUUCUGCCGCGCGCGGCCGCUGCCCUACGCGCUGCGGGAGCGCGUGGACGCAGAGCUGGACGCCAUGCUGCGCGCGAGCGUCAUUGAGCCCGUCGAGUGCUCGCACUGGGCGACUCCUCUCGUUAUUGUCAAUAUUUCGGAUGGAGCUAUUCGAAUAUGCACGGAUUACAAGGUAACCCUCAAUCGUGUCUUAUCUGUCGACAAGUACCCAGUGCCUAAAAUUGACGACUUAUUGUCGCAAUUAGCGGAAAAAUGUAAAGAUGACUGGAAUAAAUUACGAAAUAGCUACGUCAACGCAUUGAAACGCCGUAAAAAUAAAAAAAGUGGGCAAGCCGCUCAAUUUAUCCCGCCAUGGAAAUAUGAAGCACAAAUGAGUUUUUUACAGCCAUUUAUGGAAUCAAGGUCGACAACAACAAAUCUUUCAUCACCUCCUGAAUCUCCAGAAUUUCACUCAGAAAGUACUCAAUCAGACAAUUCUCGUCCAGCAACACCACAAGGCAAGUGCAAGCUAUUACACAAGGUAGAACACGGUUUAAUUAAAUAA